AUGUUGUCAGAGCAAUCUUGCUCACUAGUCCCACAGACGCAAGAAACAGGAUUGGAAUACUGGUCAGGGGAAGAAACUGAAUGUCAAAAGGAAUAUUCUCAGCUGAAGAAUGAAAUGAAGAUAUCGGAUGAAAGAGUUAGUCAGUUAACGAAAGAAACUGAACGAACCACCGACGAAUUGAAACAAUGCAUUGCAGAGAAAAAUAUGGCUUCGUUGUAUCGCUUACAGAAAAAGCUUUCCAAAUUGGAAAAAGAAUUGAAACAUGAAAGAUUAGACAAUAUAGCUGUUCAGCGUGCGAGACAGAAAGCCGAGCUUAUCAGUAUCAAAAAUGAAGAGAAUGCAUUGAGAAUGAAGUCGGAACAAGAACUGGAUGAUCCCGAUGUGACGAUUGCAUUGCACGCUCGAAUGGCUCAAAUCGAAGCUCAUCAAAGGGCGUUCAGUCAGGCACAAAAUUAUCGGCGAUUGGAAAUUGUGAACAAAUUGCUAAUGGAGGAACAAAACCAAAAGAAAAAGAUUCAAACUUUACCGGAACUGUAUGGAAAAUCGCGAAUACCCCCCAUCGAGAAUCUUGACAAACCUGAACGUAUUUCCCAUCUAGAACGAAAUCUGAUCAGUGGCAUUUUGGGUCAAACGAGCAAUGUGGAGGGUACGGAGAUGCUCGAUAAUGCGCUGAGACGUACGCGGGAAAAUAUUGUUCAACCGCAACGUGUCGGGGUUCGAGAAUUCCACGGAAAGCCCUUUAUGAUUAGUCCAAAAGAGAUCUGGUUCAAGGAUUUCGACAUAAAUGUGGAAAUGCAAAUGAAGCUGAUUUUGACCAACGCCUCGUACAAGGCGAUCUGCUGUCGUUAUGUGGGUAUGACAGCCACAUUGUUGGAUUUUGUCAACAUACGGUUCACUCCGCCGGGUGCAUUGUCGCCGGGGAUGAGUUGUUCUUUGGAUGUCACUUUUCUACCCAAACUGGAUAGAGAUUUAUUUGGUCAAGUGAAGUUCCUAUGCCCCACAGGUCCAUUCAGUAUUCCAUUCAAGGCGACUACGAAAAAGUGUGUUGUGUCCAUCGAUCAAACUUUGGUGGAUUUUGGUUCCGUUGUAAUUGGAGAGACGGUUCGACGCAGCAUUCGAUUAAGCAACACCGGGGCCAAAGGAGUACGAUUCAGAGCAUUUCGUGCACUGGAUCUUCUAAGUGUGAGUAACCACUCGUCGCCUACAAAUACUGUGGAGAACCAGGUUCGAGAAGAGAUGCAGAGCGGUCAAUCAAAUCAACUGGCCUGUGAGGAGGUUUCAACCAAGACGCAAUUAAAUCAACCGAAUGAUCGACCCGAAAACACCUCCACAGAGUUGGACGGAGACGACAAUACGGACACUGGGAUCAGUCCCGACGUGCUAAACGAUGCCUUGGAUAAAAUCCAACUGGACGUCUCUCCCCAAUUCACUCUCUGUGGUUCAACUGAAGGUUUUCUACAACCCUUUUCCACCACGUCGAUGGAAAUUGUUUGGAACCCAAAAAUUCUCACGCCAAUCUAUUCAGACGACUCAAACAGCUUGUUGUCAGUUGAGACUGAAUUGUUUUUGAUUCAGUUCGAUGAUCCAAUGGCGGAGACUAUUCGUGUUCAGGCUCAAGGUCAGCCACGCGAGCUGCCCACAUGGCUAUCCACAGAAACAUUGGAGAUGGGAAUUUGUUGGUUUGAUCGUCUCUACCAGGACUGUUUUGCUGUACACAAUCGGACCAAUACCGCUUUAAAGGUCACAUUCUAUUUGAGUGAUCAGAUGGCAAAUCACAUGGAAGUUUUGCCCAAAACUGGUUUUGUUCAAGCCCAGAGUCGGCUCCUGGCACAGGUGAAAUUCUUGCCACGUACAUCACUGGAGAAAGAUAUCGGGUCGUCCAACCCAAAGGGCGGAACACCAAUAUCCGGUUUUAUUCCGGACGAGGAUCUGAAACCAGAUUAUGAUCCUCACACGGGUGUGCUUCACGUACCAGUAAAGGCUUGUGUGGCUGGUCAAACAUAUAUGUUACGUCUCGUGAUGGCCGCGAUUGUCACCUGUUCCGACCUUGAACUUAGCCCGCAACGAAUCGAUUUUGGAGUUGCUAAUGUGACGGAGACGGUUACCGCACGCCUAUCACUGAUCAAUCACAGUCUACUGCCACAAACAUUUGGUAUUGUCGAUUCACCAGAGUAUGUGGAAAUUCAACCAAAUGACGGAUUUGGAACUAUUCUACCAAAUGAGACGUUGGAGCUCGAAUUGCUCUUCUCACCGACCAAAGCAAAGGAUUAUGAUUUCAAACUGACAUGUAAAUCAGGCAUUGGACGAUCGUUUUGUGUAUUCUGCCACGGAGUGGGGGUAUUCACUCCACUGCGGUUAUCCGCCUACAAAAUCCAACUUCCACCUACUCCGCUGGAUGAAUCCUCCAGUGUUAUAUUUACCGUAGAGAACAUUCAUGUGUCCUCCAAUCCGUACACGCAUGUCCAACCACGUAUCGGCUCGAAGGGUCCGUUCGCACCGGUCGGACCGACCGCAUACGAGUUCGUUCCGAUCGAUUCGGUCUGCACUGAUCCGACGAGUUUGUGGGGCGAACAGCAUGGGACUCCAGAAAAAGAAUGCGGAGCCUUCUUGACUGUGAUGCCCAGCUCAGGCACUCUGCAACCUGGUGAGAAAAAUCGGGUGACCAUUUGUUUUCGACCAUCGUUUCACAAGAAAAUGGUCCAAAACGAGGCAGCUCUAAUGUACAACGAGCGAAGGAUUCGCGCACUCGCCGAGGCUGCUGCAUGUGCUGCCCCGGUUGAACCUGUGGACGUGAAACCAACCAAAAGUGGAGCCAGGAGAGACAAAAUCAACGCGGAGAUUAAAUCCACCGGCACUUUGAGUAAGAAAUCGGGUAAAUCAACUGAGCUGGUCACAACUAAAGAAGAAAAAGACGAGCCUUUCGUUCCGGUCGAUGCGGACAGCCUCGGUGAAGAUAGCGUGGAAUAUCGUGGCGCGUUGAGUGAACUAUUGCGGGUUUUCCCCCGGAAGCCAGUUCAUAACUCCGGCGAUAGUCGAACUGAGAGCGCUGAGCUACAACACGAUCAGCCUGAUGGAAAUUGGCCUGGAUGUCAAAUGGUGUACCGCUUGGCCUGCUUUAUUGCAGACGGACCGGGUUCAGAGUACCCGGCCGAACCACUGCCUAAAUUUAAAACCGAAAAUACAAUGUUCCUGGAAGUUACCUGUCCUAUUGCAAGACCGGCAUUGAUGGUUGUCGCAAGCGAAGGCCAAGCAAAAAUAGACUUUGGUUCUAUAAGUUCCGGACAACAGAAAAUUGCAUGUCUUUCUGUGGAAAAUAUCAGUCCUUAUCGACUCAAGAUUACCACCAAACCUUUGAACCCGAUCGGUCCAUUCGAACUUGUGCAUGUGCGUCGUGUGUUAGACCCAGGGGAGAGAACACCGAUCAAAGUGAAAUUUCAACCGAGUCCGAAACACGAGUGGUGCUCGGAUAGCCUGAGUCUGAUGGCUAUACCGGAAGACCAACCUGUGAUACGUGAUGUGGCCGAUUCGUUGGUUCAGUUGCCACUCACCAUCAAGUUGAUCGGCUUUUGCGUUGUACCGAAGGUGGAAUUAACCGCAAUCCGUGGUUUGAGUACCGAUUCGCAUACGGAUGACAAAGGCUUUCUGCGUCCGGUGCACCUUCUUCACUUUGGAUGUGUUCUAGUUCCGGAGUACGCAGAGAUUGAACUGUCCGUGACCAAUCCAACCGCGGUUCUCGUUGAGUUCCACUUGAUGUCUGACCCAUCGGCAAUCAAGGGCACACAAAAUACCAAUGGGUCCCCAGUAUUUGUUUGUGCACCGUCAAACGGCAUUAUUGAACCCGGCGGUGUAAAGACAAUCAGUGUCAUAUUUGCUCCGGAUCACUCAAGUGACCUUUAUCACGAAGCUUUUGUAUUGACCUUGAACCGGCAGCCAACAAAUUGUCACGUGAUCGUCAUGCGUGGCAUGGGGAAGUCCCAUUCGGUGUAUGUUCAUGGAAGUGAACUGACGCGGUCUGAUAAGAUUAGAAACAGCUAUCUGGGCUCGCAACUAGAUGGUGCACAUGACAGCUCAAGUGUUCCCACAUCCACCUUCCAUUUGGUCAUUCGUGCCUCCCGCCGGAAAGAGACAAAAACUGAUCAGCCGGAACCAGAAGUAGCCAAUCCACAGGAGACGGACAUACUGCGGUUCCUUCGUGUGGGGUGUGUAUCUAGUCAGGUGUCUACUGCGAAAAAGAACGCGGAAUACAGUGUAGAGAAUAUGAAUGAACUUGCUGCCCAGGGCUUCUCGAUCACUCCGUCAAAGGGUUCCGUCGAACCGGGCAGUGAGCAAAUCCUCCUCUGCACAUGGAUUCCCACACCGGAUAUCCAGAUCGGUGCGAUUGUGCAGGCAUCAGCGAAAAUUGUCACCAAGGCGGAUAUCACCAGUCAACAUGUGGUGCACCUGUUGGGCAUUGGUUGA